AUGACCAACAACAGACUGCAAUACCGCCGCCGGAACCCGUACAACACGCGGUCCAACAAGGUCCGCAUCAUCAAGACCCCCGGCGGUGAGCUCCGUUACCUUCACCUGAAGAAGAAGGGUACUGCUCCCAAGUGCGGUGACUGUGGUAUCAAGCUCCCUGGUAUUCCUGCCCUCCGUCCCCGCGAGUACGCUCAGAUCUCGCGCCCCAAGAAGAAUGUCAGCCGUGCCUACGGUGGCUCUCGCUGCGCUGGCUGCGUCAAGGACCGCAUUGUCCGUGCCUUCCUGAUUGAGGAGCAGAAGAUUGUCAAGAAGGUCCUCAAGGAGUCCCAGCAGAAGGCCGCCAAGCGCUAA